UAAACCGGAAAGGGGUGUUGAGUCGUUCCACUUAGAGUCAACAAUGCUUAGUGCCACCUUCGUCGUUUUCGCUGCUGGCGUUCUCGCCAUGGCCGAGGACGCAUCUGCUGCGAGCUGUUCCGCACCAGGCACUCCUAAUGGGUGGGAUUUCGUAAAGGACAAUACGAAGUACAAUAUGAUAAAAAGGAACUUCAAGCUUGGAGGGAUAGUUGAUACCCAAUGCCUGUCCAGUACUUUUAAGCAUAAGAAGGACACAGAACAUCGUGUGGAUGCAGAGGUACAGUUCCAAGCGGCUGCUUCGGGAGAAUGGUUUACCAUCGAACAACGCUACCAGUUUUACCUGGACUCCGGAGAUAAAUACAACACCAUGACGACAACAGACGACUCCAGUUCGCCGAAGGCAACAUACCAAUUUGGGUACACUGGAGAGCACUGUGCAGUAGUUUUCGUUGACAACAUAGAAGGCCUUAGUUCCGAAACGUCGGCAACAAAGAAAUGUGUCCUUUGGCUCGAAGAUGGUCACGAGGAGGAUUCAUGCUGCAAUACAUUUCUAGAAGACAACUGUGACGGAGACUUCAAUCCGAUAUACAAGGCGACAUGCAAAAAUGCUCGUAAAUAACUUCGUACCUUAAUUAGAAGCACUGCAAUUAGGAAAUAAAUU